AUGUUCCCUCCAAGUUGUCGGCACGGGCGUCGAGUCGACGAUUUACAUUUCACAUUCUUCGAGCUCGUACUUGCAGCUAUUACACUGAUGGAUAUCAUCGUACUGACAUGUUUAUCAACAAGAUGUAGAAGAGAAAAAAUGAAUUACGAGUUGUUGUCGAAAAGAGUGGACGAAACAGUAGAAGACUUGAAGACGUUACGGGACACGACAACAAUGCAAACAGUUGUGCCUUUGAUGUAUCUUCGUAAAAUAAGAAAAAGCCAAGAAGAAACGGCCGUAGAGGAUGCAAUGGAAGACAUCGGUGUCUGUGACACACAACUCUCAUCUCGUUCCGUGCAGUCAGUUCUCUUGCCAACAGCUGACAACGCCUCCAAAACCGUCGAUCCAUAG